AUGAAGGAACUUACUUUAGAGAGUGAAUAUAAAGAAAUAUUUAAAACAGCUGGAAAUAGGCUAUUGGUGCUAUUGUUUGGUGCAGCGUGGUGUGGACCAUGUAGGAUGAUGGCACCUUACCUUGAUAAACUAGAAACAGAAUAUGAAGGUUCGGUUUUAUUUGCAAAAGUAGACGUUGACGAGCUUCCGGAUUUGGCAGAAGAUGAGGGAAUAGAGUGUAUGCCUACAUUUAUACUGUAUAAAGAUAACAAAAAGAUAACAGAAAUGCCAGGCGCCAAUAAAACGAAAUUAAAGGAAUUGAUAGAUCAAAACAAAUGA